GUUCAACUGCUCUAGGUUGCACAUAAGCAAACUUUUCCUUACAGGUGCAAUUCCUUAAAGAUAUAACCUUCCUAGCAAGUGAGGAAGAGAACCUGCUUGACUCAGAGAGUGUUCUGGCAGUCCCUGCAUGACAGAGAGGUGCAAGCAGACAGCACGGUGCUGUUUACCCUGAAGAAGCGAGUGUGUGUGCUGGAAAGCGCUGACCUCUCUAAUGGAUCGUAUGGAGCUGCAAAAAGUCAAUAUUGAGCUAGAUGACCAGAGCAACAGUGGGGAAAGCCUCGAAGACAACUACACAGAGCUGGUUGAUUCAGAAAAGGCUGCAAUUAGGAGUGAAGAUGCAGAAAGUCAGAAGUUCCUUACAAAUGGAUAUCUGGGCAAAAAGAAACUGGAAGACUACAAUGAAGAAUAUCACGCAGGUAGAAUCUCCUUUGGAAUGUCCUCGUUCAACCUCAGCAAUGCUAUUAUGGGCAGCGGCAUCUUAGGGCUCUCCUAUGCCAUGGCCAACACAGGAAUUAUCUUUUUCAUAGUUUUGCUGCUCAGCGUCGCAAUAUUGUCACUCUACUCGGUCCACCUCUUACUGAAGAUAUCAAAAGAAGGAGGAUCAUUAAUAUAUGAAAAACUGGGAGAAAAGGCAUUUGGCUGGCCUGGGAAGUGUGGUGUUUUCAUUUCGGUUACAAUGCAGAACAUUGGAGCAAUGUCAAGCUACCUCUUUAUUAUUAAAUAUGAACUUCCAGAAGUCAUCAGAGCAUUUAUGAAACUUGAGGAGAAUUCUGGAGAAUGGUACCUGAAUGGGAACUACCUCGUCAUACUUGUAACAGUUUUGAUUAUUCUUCCCCUCUCCCUUCUAAAAACCUUAGGUUAUCUUGGUUAUACGAGUGGAUUUUCACUGACCUGUAUGGUUUUCUUUGUCAGUGUGGUAAUCUUCAAGAAAUCCCAAAUACCCUGUCCUCUCCCCAUCAUGGACCAUGGGGUUGAAAACUGGACCACCACCAAUAACACAGUGCUAAUGCACCUGGUAAUGUUACCAAAUGAGUCACGUGGUUCUGGUGUGAAUUUCAUGAUGGACAACACAGCUGGGCACUUGCCAGGCCUUGAGGAACCAAAAGAUACCUCCCCCAAAAGCGGUGUAGAAUAUGAAGCACACAGCGACAACAGUGACAAGUGUCAGCCAAAAUACUUUGUGUUCAACUCACGGACUGCCUAUGCAAUACCCAUCCUGGCAUUUGCAUUCGUAUGCCACCCUGAGGUGCUACCAAUAUACAGUGAACUGAAAGAUCGCUCCCGAAAGCGGAUGCAGAAUAUCUCAAAUAUUUCCAUCACUGGCAUGCUUAUCAUGUAUCUUCUGGCAGCCCUGUUUGGAUACCUUACCUUCUAUGGAGAAGUUGAAGAUGAGCUACUUCAUACAUACACUAAAGUGUACACCUUCGACACCCUCUUGUUGUCAGUUCGUCUGGCAGUGCUGGUGGCUGUAACCCUGACUGUGCCCCUUGUCCUUUUCCCUAUCCGUUCAUCUAUCAGUGCGUUGCUGUUUCCCAAAAGGCCAUUCAGCUGGAUAAGACAUUUCCUGAUUGCAGCAGUAAUUCUGGCUUUUAAUGACCUGCUUGUAAUUUUUGUUCCAACUAUUAAAGACAUCUUUGGAUUUAUUGGAGCCUCUUCUGCUACAAUGUUGAUUUUCAUCCUCCCUGGUGCCUUCUAUCUGCGUCUUGUUGAGAAGGAACCCCUGAGGUCUCCCCAGAAGAUCGGGGCUCUGAUCUUUCUCAUAGUUGGCAUAAUCUUCAUGAUUGUGAGUAUGACUCUUAUUGUAAUGGACUGGAUUUACAAUCCCCCAAGUUCCAGACAUCACUAACCUGUGGAGACAACCAAGUGCUUUUUAUAACAUAAAUAUUUGUAUUAUGUGCUCCGAAAAACAUCUAAAGGGGAUUGUUAUUCCUGGCUAGUAACUGCACUACUUUGAAAACAGUUUCUGGUAAGGUCACAAGAACCCAAUGGAGUCUAUGUCAUCCUUUUCAAUAAGGAUCAUUAUUUAUGCGUUAGAAACCUGAGCUUAGCAUUUCUGGCCAGGUGAAAUGAAAUGUGUGGUGUGAAUGCUUCUUAUUUUCAUUACCAAAAUAACUUUGUACAUAGUCCUCAAAAAUAGCUUGGUGUCACCCCUUUCAAAAUCUCACGUCAUGAUCAUAAUGACAGUUCCUAGAACUUUGGAAAGGUAAUGGCCAGAAAACCAGAUAGUGCCUUGUUCUCGAUCUGAAGCUCAUGGGAGUGGCUGCCCAGGUCCAAGAGAAAGGGUACAGUUUCUGUAGGGGAUCUGAAAGGUGACUCCUCACUGCCUCAUAGACCAAUCUGCCUAUCAGAAACAUGAUGGCUUUGACAAGCCAGUGGACAAGGCUGAGCAUUAGAUUUGUUGUCCAAAUGCAUCACCAUUGGCAGGUGAUGGUUCGUCGUAUGGAAUAAAGCCCUCUGACACAGAUCCUGUGUUGGAACACGUGCUUGAAGAACAGUUGAACAUUUUCAUUUUGUUGUUAAAGAUGCCUGUGCUGGGAACAUCAGACAUUUCUGCUGUAGGUUUUUUUUGUCUUUACUUUUUUAAUUGUUGUGUGAGCUUGCAUCACUGAACAAGUUGCAUCCUCUGUAGAAACUUGUCUUCCACUCUCACAGGAAUUUAAAGAGACCACAGGGUGUGGCAAAGCACCCUAUCCAGUAUUGUUCAGUACUUGUAUAUUUGAUAAAUGUUCAGUGCAGGAAACUGUAAUUUGCUAUAUAUAAAAAUAUAUGUAUUUAUGUACAUAAUUUUUUUUCCUCCAGUCAUAAAAAUAUUAACCUGUGGUAAAGGAUUUUUGAAAUUUUUUUAUGUGUCACUUUGUUUUCAUAGCCACACACUUAAUAUUGUUUUGAAGAAAACAUAUUGAAUUGGUGGGUUUGUAAAAGGUUCAUUUUUAUUCACCAUUGUAUAAAACAUACCUGUAGCAAGUCACCUAACUGUUACCUGUGUAAAAACACAUUCAGGUGUAUACUACUUAUGUUACAAUAAAUUUCAAGAUGUUUUCCUCUGAAGAAUUUUUAAUAUGUUACUUAAAGUUCUGUAUUGCCAUUGUAGAUCAAAAAUUUGGAUAACUGGCUAGAUUGCUGUACCUUAGCUUGCCUAGGUAUACACUAGCAUUCAGCAACGUCAUAUGUAAUUAAGGUAUGCAAAGGAAACCACAUUACUGACAAUCUCAAGUGUAUCGUGCUAUGCAGCUGCACAAGUCAGAAAAAAAAAAAGUUAUGUUCUGUGUUAUAUGGAUGCUUAAUUAACAUUCAGACCAUGUUUUGGGCUGUGCUGUGGGCUAUUCACUACAUAUGCUCUCUGUACACACCAGGGAAAAGU